GGGAGACACGAUGCUCAUGUGCUUGUGGAGUUUCACAGGCCUUACUCACAUGUUCCUUGAGGGUUACUUUGUCUUUUCUCCGGACUUCUACAAGAAAAAAACUCCCAUCUACUUGGCAAAAGUUUGGAAAGAGUACACCAAGGGUGACUCUAGGUAUGUUGCACGCGAUUCUACUUUUGUUUCUGUUGAAGGAAUCACAGCAGUGUUAGAGGGACCAACAUGUCUUCUUGCUGUGUAUGCAAUAUCUACAAGGAAGACAUACAUGUAUAUACUCCAGGUGUCCAUUUCUUUGGGUCAGCUCUAUGGUACAGUUGUGUAUUUCAUAACAGCAAUCUUGGAGGGUGACAAUUUUGAUGCAAGCCCGUAUCAUUACUUCUAGUACUAUGUGUUUGCAAAUUCCUUCUGGGUCUGGAUACCCACAAUCAUUAUUGUCCGUUGUUGGAAGAAAAUUACUUCUGCAGUUCAUUCACAAGACCAGAUAAAGACCAAGACUCGCUGAGUAUAUCAACAUGCACCUGCCCACCGCUUUUUACCCGCUCUUGGAUUAACGUUCAUUUGGGUUUUGUGGGAACAAAAUGAACAAUUCAAUUUAACUUAUA